AUGAAUGAAAAAGAAAAUGAAUAUGAUUCGCUAUACGAUGUAAUAUACGAUUAUGAUGUUAACGAAGAAUUCUCCAAGGGGAAGGACAACAACAUUCAAUCUGCAAAACCGGUGCUCUGUGACAUAAAAAGUAAGUUAACUUCUAAGGGAGAAAGCGAAAGCUUGGCGGAUGAACGUUCGGCAAGUUCCCACCCAAAUGACGCAACAAAUGAUGAAAACGCCUCACCAUUAUCGACGAUACGACUAAAAGAUGAAAAUGGCCAUUGCGCAAGGGGGGGUGAAAUGGAGAGCGAGCUAACACCUCAGAACACCCCAGACAGUGCUAAAAAGAGCGGAAUAAGUUCCAGUUACGUGGGCCAUUUUGAAAAAAGGGAAGAUCUGCCAUUCUUAAAAAGUAACACACAGCAUAAUGAUAGUGGAAACGCUGAGGGUAGCAAUUCCAAAGCGGUAGCAAGAGAGGAGGCCAAAAUUGUGAACCCCGAAAAAAGGGGAAACCAAUCCCCAGUUGGUUGUUCAUCAUCCGCUGAGGGAGGAGACGCCUCUGCAAAUAGCGCCUCUACAUAUGUAGUGCGAAUAACCAGCUGUGAAAACUGCACUAAAGAAAAGGACCGCCACAUGAGGAUAUUGUCAACCGACUGGCAGAGUACAUACAGCUCGCACGACGUCACUGUAGGCAAAAAUUAUAACAAUGUAGUGAACCGUAAAAACAGAUUAGGAGAAAGUGCCCCCAAGGAACAGGGAACCAGAGCGGAGCGUCCCCAGACCGAUGAGGCAAAACCCGGGGAAAUACAUCACAAUGACGACGUUAUGAUAAAAGAUCGGGGGGUAAAGGAAAAAUACCAAAAACUUAGAUUCGAAGAUGAUAUAUAUAAAGAAAAUGCAGAUGGAGAAGCUGAUGCAAGAAAUGAACAAGGCCCAAAUCAGGUAGAAACAAACAAAUUGGAAGAAACAGACAACCUGGAAGAAAAAAGUUCCAUUAGUAAAGACAACAAAAAUGUAGAACACAGUAAUGGUAAUAACACCUCGGAAGAAAAGAACAAAACGGAAAAAAAUGCCAAGAAAAACACAACAUCAGAAAAUGAUGGCAGAAGUACAUUCGAAUGUAACAUUUGUUUUGAUGAUGUCAGAGACCCGGUGGUAACGAAAUGUGGACAUCUGUUCUGCUGGUUAUGUCUCUCCGCUUGGAUUAAAAAAAAUAAUGACUGCCCUGUCUGCAAAGCUGAAGUUUCAAGGGAAAAUGUAAUACCUCUGUAUGGAAGGGGCAAAAAUAGCAGCGAACAUAAAUAUUCGAAUAUGGAAGAACCUAGACCCACUCCGAAAAGGAAAGAAAGUGUUAGGAGAAAUAAUGGCUAUUCUAACAAUUUAGGGUUAAGGGCUUCCUUUGGCGUUUGGGUGAACCCUUUUUCCUUUGGAAUGUCCUACACCAACAUGUCAGAAGAGCCCUACUUUUAUGAAAGCGGUGGUGGUGACAACAGAACCCAGGCAGAAACGUAUCAAGCGGAAGCUGCAUCUUCCUUUUUCUUUUUCCUGGGUUUUUUUCUGUCCCUCUAUAUUUUGUUCUACUCUUCCUAG